AUGUGUAGUUCAUUUUCCAUGUUGCAUGAAGAAGGAGAGCAGGCAGGUACUGCCUCCAACAGGAACCUUGGUGCCCCUGAUUUGAUAACUACCCCUUUGUGGCACAUCCUUGUGGACACAGGUGAAAAGGGUCUGACAGAGAUGAGUGUGUAUCAGCAAACACGAGCACUUCUGCAUAAGAAUCUACUCAAGAAAUGGAGAAUGAAAAGAGAGAGCUUGUUGGAAUGGAGCACCCCAAUUAUAAUAGGACUCUAUAUGGGUUUGUUUUCAUAUUUCAAAGAUAAUAGUCACAUCCCUGAAACCCCUUCUCAAGAUCUUGGAAGAAUAGAUAAAUUUGAUGGAACAUCUAUAAUGGUUGCAUACACACCAGUAUCUAAUAUAACCCAACAGAUAAUGAAUAAAACAACAUUUGCUCCAACUAUGAAAGGAACAAGAGUCGUUGGUGUACCCAGUAAAAAAGACUUGGACAGCAUGCUUCUGGAGAAUGUUCCAUAUGCUUUUGGAGUUGUAUUUAAUGACACUUUCUCUUACACAUUAGAAAUAUUUAUAACAUACGGAAAUAUAAUUAUGAAAGAAGAUUUAUCAGAUCAUUGCUGGAAUGCAUACAAUGAUGUUUCAUGUGUGCUGUCCAAAUACUGGAAGAAAGGAUUUGUGGCUUUGCAAACUGCCAUCAAUGCAGCUAUCAUAGAAAUCACAACAAACCACUCUGUGAUGGAGGAGCUGAUGUCUGUUAAUGCGAUAAAUAUGAAGACGCUACCUUUUAUUUCUAAAGGGAUUAUGCAAUAUGAAUUUUUUAUUUUAUUCUGCUUGCUGUAUUUCUCCCCAUUUACAUAUUUUGUAUCGCGCAAUGUUACUAAAGAGAGAAAAAAGUAUAAGCAAUUGAUGAAAAUAAUGGGUCUACAAGACUCUGCAUUCUGGCUGUCCUGGGGCUUAAUCUAUGCUGGCUUCAUCUUUAUAAUUUCCAUAUUCAUUGCAGUUAUCAUAAUAUCUACCCAGACUAUAGUAAUGACUGGUUUCCUGGUCAUAUUUACACUCUUUUUCUUAUAUGGAUUAUCUUUGAUAGCUGUAGCUUUCCUGAUGGCUGUCCUGUUACAGAAAGCUGUCCUCACCAAUCUAAUCGUAUUUCUCUUUACCCUCCUUUGGGGGUGUAUGGGGUUCACUGUACUCUAUACACAACUCCCCCCACCUCUGGAAUGGAUUCUGAGCAUCUGCAGCCCCUUUGCCUUUACCUCUGGGUUGGCUAAGAUUAUCUUUCUGGAUUAUAAUGUGAAUGGUGUAGUAUUUCCAGACCCUUCAGGAGAAUCAUAUGUAAUGUUAGCGACAUUUUCCAUAUUGGCUUUUGAUGGUCUUAUCUACUUGGCUUUGGCCUUGUAUUUUGACAAAAUCUUGCUGUAUGGGGAUGAGCGCCGUUGUUCUCUACAGAGUUUCUUGAAUUCAAUAUGUUUUCGACAAAUGCCUAAUAGAAAUGAGGUCACUGAGAGAGUCAGAGACCCCGAGCUUCCUUCUGAUGAUUUUGAGCCGGUAGAUCCAGAAUACCAAGGAAAAGAAGCCAUCAGAAUAAGAAAUAUUAAAAAAGAAUAUAAAGGAAAGUCUGGAGAGGUGGAAGCCUUGAAAGGCUUGUUCUUCGAUAUAUAUGAGGGUCAAAUAACGGCGAUUCUGGGCCACAGUGGAGCAGGCAAAUCGUCAUUAUUAAACAUCCUCAAUGGAUUAUGUGUUCCAACAGAAGGAUUAGUCACGGUCUACAAUAAAAAUCUCUCUGAAAUGCAAGACUUGAAGGAACUCAGAAAGAUGACUGGUGUUUGUCCUCAACAUAAUGUUCAGUUUGAUGUCCUCACUGUGAAGGAGAACCUCACCCUCUUUGCUAAAAUAAAAGGGAUUCUUCCACAGAAAGUCGAGCAAGAGGUACAACAAAUUAUUUUGGAAUUGGACAUGCAAAAUAUUCAGGAUAACCGUGCUGAGCAUUUAAGUGAAGGACAGAGAAGAAAGCUCACCUUUGGGAUCGCGGCUUUAGGAGAUCCCCGAAUUUUGCUUCUAGACGAACCAACUGUGGGACUAGAUCCCUUUUCGAGGCAGCGAGUGUGGAGUUUCCUGAAGGAACGUAGGGCAGAUCGUGUGAUCCUCUUCAGCACUAAGUUCAUGGAUGAGGCAGACAUCCUUGCUGACAGAAAAGUGGUCCUGUCCAGCGGGAGUCUGAAAUGCACAGGUUCUUCUAUGUUUCUGAAGAGAAAAUGGGGACUUGGAUAUCACUUAAGUCUGUAUACAAAUGAAACAUGUGAUUCAGAGCAGUUAACAGCCUUCAUCACUCAUCACAUCCCUGAUGCCAAACUAAAAGCAAAAUCCAAAGAAAAGCUUGUGUACAUUUUGCCAUUGGAAAGGACAAGCAAGUUUCCAGACUUCUUCAGUGAUCUUGAUAAAUAUCCUGGCCAGGGCUUGAUGAAUUAUGACAUUUCCAUGCCAACUCUGAAUGAAGUCUUCAGGAACCUGGGAGGAGAUUCAGCUACCACACAUGACUAUGAGAAAAGAGAAACAGUAAGAGACCCAGAAAGCUUAAAUGAAAUGGAACCAGCUUAUCCUCCUCUUCCUAAAGUGCAAAAGACUGCAAGCGCCAUGAGCCUGUGGAGAAUGCAGGUCUGUGCAAUAGCACGGCUUCGCAUCUUAAAGCUAAAACGAGAGAGAAAAGAAAUUUUGGCUUUUCUAUUGACUCUUGGGAUCGCACUGGCCCCAUUGAUUAUGGACACAGCAACUCUUGCUAUAAUAAAGCAAAAAACCAACUGGGAAUUUAAAACAGAACUGUAUUUCCUUUCCCCUGGACAACUCCCUCACGGUCUGCAAACCAGCCUGUUGGUCAUCAAUAACACAGAAUCAAAUAUUGAAGACUUCAUACAGUCACUGAGGCAUCAAAAUAUAGUUUUGGAAGUAGACGACUUUGAAAACAGAAAUGGUACUGAAAGCCUGUCCUACAAUGGAGCUAUUAUAGUUUCUGGAAGACGUACGGAUUACCGAUUUUCAGUUGUAUGUAAUACCAAGAGGCUGCACUGCUUUCCUGUUCUAAUGAAUAUCAUCAGCAAUGGGAUCCUUCAUAUGUUCAAUCACACACAGUAUAUUAGAAUUAAGGAAACUCUGUUUCCACUUGAAUCCCUUAUGUUGUGGUUUGGGCUACUGGAAACCUUUCCGUUCAUUCUGCUCAUUGCGUGCAGCAUUUCUCCACGUGUCGCCAUGAGCAGUGUCAGUGAUUACAAAAGCAAAUCUGACUCCCGGCUGUGGCUCUCUGGCCUCUACCCUUCUGCCUACUGGUGUGGGCAGGCAGUAGUGGAUAUGACCAUCUUCAAUGUAAUUCUCCUAUCAAGCUUCUUCAUGUUCUACCUGACAAAACUGACUCACGUUUACUCGGGGGGUGAAAUCGUGCUCUCUGCAGUUUUUCUAUCAUUUGGUUGUGCGGCUUCUCUUGUCUUCUUGACAUAUGUGAUAUCAUUCGUGUUUGGCAAAAGGAAAAAAAACAGCUUCUUCUGGUCAAUUUUCUUCUUUGCUGUCUCUAUCAUCUUAUUUGAAAUCAUUUUUACUGAUUUCAGUGAAAAUUUGCUUAUUGCCCUCAUGGUGCUAUUUCCUUCAUUUUCACUGAAUGCACUCCUGGUCAUUUUGGAAAUGAGAGCCUACCUGUACUAUGAAGAAUUGAAAUCUAGUUUAUCUGGGGUUGAUUUUCUAUUAUUCCUCACACCUUACUUUCAUACAUUGCUGUUCAUUUUUGUUCUGAGAUGUCUGGAAAUUAAAUGUGGAAAAAAUGUAAUACGGAAGGAUCCCAUCUUCAGGAUAUCUCCACCAAGUCUAAAAGGCCGACCAAAGUCAGAAGAACCAAUAGACGAAGAUGAAGAUGAGGAUGUUCAAGCAGAAAGAAUAAGGACAUCUGAUGCUCUGAACACUUCAGAUUUUGAUGAGAAACCAGUCAUAAUCGCCAGCCAUCUGCGCAAAGAGUAUACAGGUCAGAAGAAAAGUUGCUUUUCAAAGAGGACAAAGAAAGUGGGAGCAAGAAACGUCUCUUUUUGUGUUAAUAAAGGUGAAAUUUUGGGAUUGUUAGGACCCAACGGUGCUGGUAAAAGUUCCUCUAUCAAGAUGGUAGCUGGGAUCACAAAUCCAACAGCUGGAGAGGUGGAACUGAAAGGAUUUCAUUCAGCUGUGGGUCACCAGGGUGGUGACACAGUCAAGUUUGGAUACUGCCCUCAGGAGAACAUGCUGUGGCCCAACUUGACAGUGAAGGAACACUUGGAGGUGUAUGCUACUGUGAUGGGGCUGAGGCAGGAGGCUGCUGCUAUUGCCAUUUCAAGAGGAGUGAAUGCUUUUAGACUACAUGACCAGCUGAAUGUCCAAGUGCAGAAACUAGGAGCAGGAGCCACUAGAAAGCUUUGCUUUUUGCUGAGCAUCCUGGGAAAUCCAUCUGUCUUGAUUCUGGAUGAACCAUCUGCAGGCAUAGAUGUGUCAGGGAAGCAACAAAUGUGGGAGGCAAUCCAGAUGGCUGUUAAAGAAAAGACAGCUGUCCUCUUGACUACCCAUGAUCUGACUGAGGCUGAGGCUCUGUGUGACCGUGUGGCCAUCAUGGUGUCUGGAAGGCUGAGAUGCAUUGGUUCAAUCCAACACCUGAAGAGGAAAUUUGGCAAGGAUUAUGUCCUAGAACUAAAAGUGAAGGAAGCUUCCCAAGAGCCGUCAGUUCACAGGGAGAUUCUGAAGCUGUUUCCACAGGCCGCACGGCAGGAAAGGUACUUCUCCCUGCUGACCUACAAGCUGCCCGUAACAGACGUUUACCCUCUGUCCCAGGCCUUUCACAAAUUAGAAGCAGUCAAGCACGGCUUUAACCUGGAGGAGUACAGCCUCUCUCAGUGCACACUGGACAAAGUAUUUGUAGAAAUUUCAAAGGAACAGGAGCUGGAAAAUGUUCGUGAAGAAGCUGAUAUAAACGUGAGAUGGAAACUCCUCUCUCACUCAGAUGACCUAUAACAUCUCACACUUAAUCAUCCUGUUAUACUACAAACUUGUUUUACAUAGUAAUAAACAGAAUUAAUAAUUUCAAA